ACAAGGUCAAUUAAUUGUGGAUAUUCAUAUAUGGACUGUUAUUUGUGUAUCUCUAAUAGCCUCAUUAAUAAGUGAGAAUCCAAUACUUAAUUUACAAGACUACACAAAAACUUAAUCGAGACCGAUAUAUGAAGGACUUACAAUCGAAGAGAGGCAUAAAUAAGUAACUUAAGUCAGGGAGACAGGCCUGCAGCAGAUGAGGAGGAUAUUAUUCUCUCGUUGACCAUCAUUGCUCGGAGAUUACUUUACGAAAUUGUGUCAACGGAAAAGUUUCUUCUGUCGUGCAGUUUUUUUGUAUUAAAUGCGAUAAACAAGGAAGACAAGCACCUAUCACGGAGAAAGAAUAUAUUAUUUCUGUUCCAAAGAGUUUCACGGCAAUUACAAUAGACAGAAACCAUAAUAACCAAACCUUGUGGUAACCAUGGCUGAUAUAACCGAAGAAAACGAUAACGCUGUCGUAGACGACGCUAUCCAGCGUCACCAGAUACAGAAUAGUACAAUAUUUGACGUAUGUGUGGGCGGCGAAGAUAAUUACAGAAUACUCCAGAAAAUGAUAAGUGACAACGUGGAUGUUAACGAAAGAAAAGAGGAUGGGCGAACCCCGCUUUGUGUUGCUGUCUGUAAGGGGGAUUUAUAUGCCGUUGAUGCGUUGAUCAAUGCUGGGGCGGAUGUAGAGAUGAGUGACGAUCAGUUGAUGACGCCAUUAAUGUGGGCAGCAGAAUUAGGCUUCGACUCAAAGCUUGGAUUCCUUCUUAAAAGCGGUGCGAAUCCAAUGGCAGUGGACAAGAUCGGGCAAACAGCACUUCAUAAAACCAUUCGGAACAAGACACUAAAGUGUGCCACUACAUUGCUUGAUCACUGCAGUGAGAUAAUUCAUGUAAAGGACCACAUGGAGCAAACUGCUCUUCAUUUUGCUGCUGGAGAAGGUAACGAUGAACUAGUUGAUCUUUUAAUCGCUCACGGAGCUAAAGUUGAUUUGGCCGACCGACUCGGAAGGGCACCAUUGCAUUGGGCAAUUCUACAGGGCAUGGUUACGUGUGCGAAGAAAAUUGGUGAACAUGGAGACGUAAGCCUACUAGAUACUCAAGACAAGUUAGGCAUGCGGCCCUUACACUAUGCUCUACAGAUGAACCAUGACAACAUUUCAACGAAUCUAAUUCACCAGGGUUGUGACGUAGAUGCUGAGGACAUUAGAGGCCAAUCUGGACUGGUCUACGCAUCGUCAAGUGGAAGAACCGAUAUGUGUGGAGUCAUCUUGGAAAAUUCUAAAAACAAGAAUUCAGUAGAUAGAAAUGGCUGGACGGCUUUGCAUCAUGCCGCUCACAAGGAUCAUACCAAAAUCUGCAACUUUCUACUGGAUCAUGGCAUCGAUGGAAACGUUCAAAACAACGACGGACACACAGCAAUGGUGCUAGCUGUCAUUAAGGGCAAUGUUGAGACGGUAAAAAUACUGUGCGACAGGGUUGACGGAUGGACACACAUCAAAGACGAGAAGGGAAGGUAUCCGAUUCAUUAUGCCGCCGAAAGAGGUUUUCAUGAGAUCAUGGAGAUACUUAUCAACGCAUUGAAACAAAAAUGUGAUACAGAGUUAGUCGUAAAGGAAGUUAUCUGUGCCACUGACAAACUUGGAGCUUCUGCGCUAAAAAUCGCAGCACUUCUUCACUUCAAGGAGUGCUGUCAACUUUUAUUAGACAACGAUGCUACUAUUGAGGAUAACGUUCGUACGCAUCUAAUCAGCAUGGGAUUAAUCGAAGAGGAUGAGUCGAAGGAUGAGGAAGAGGAAGGAGAGAAGAAAGAAAUAGAGAAUUUGGAGGAAGAGAAGAAGGAAGAGAAGAAUGAGGAAAACGAAAGGAAAGAAGAAGUCUUAACGCCCCGAGAACGAUACGUACCACCUAGCAGCCCUUUAAGCUCAUCAAGUUCAGAUGAUGUCAAAUCAAUUAAUUUAAGUACGUCAAAUGACUUUAAAAAAAAAACAUGCUUAAAACUGAUACUGAUAACAAAAGAGUCUAUAAACAGAUCUAAAUUUAGAAAAAAAGAAGGCAGAAAAUCACCAUAUUCGGAAUCCUUACUUCCACCUGAAAUAUUUAAGAAAUAUUCCAUUGGUUACCUUCCGCCACCUAACGCAUCACGUCUGUCAGGCCGGCUGAACUCUUCCAAGUCUGUCUCAAGCAUAACUCAAGCAAAGGCUAAAUCUUCGACAGUCGUUGUGGACGAUUCACAGCCGUGUAGACUGAAAGGAACACUUGAUCACACUUCUGAUUUAAAACAGAGUAAUUCAAGGACAUCGAAUAGUAGGAAGUUUUCAUAUUCUGUGUCAAAACCUUAAAACAAUGGAAGAACAAAGUGGCGAGAAUAUACCAAACAAGUACAGUACAGCAUUGGGAAAUUGUGUGCAAACCAAACAACCCUUCAUGUUGAUUGAUUAAGGUCUGGUUUGUCGCCCUCUGUCUGCUGACUAACUUUGAACUAAUGGAUGUUUUUGUGGGCAGCAGUUCAAUGCUGUUGUUUUCUCCAACCAGACACAAAAUUCUCAGUAGAGUUACGUCCAGAUAGGAAUCACUACACGUAGAAUUUUUUUUAUUCCUGUGGCGUAUCGAGUAUUCAGUGAGAUAACACGUCAGGUUGGUUGCAAUUAGGGCGGCUCCGAAAUACAUAAUCAGCUAUGCAGCACUAUAGAGUAUGUAAACAUGUCCUUUAAAUAAUCAACAAAAACACAAAUUAAAUAUUUGUAUAUAUAUUUUAUUCCUAUUUUCAUAACUUUACUACCUCAGUUUCAGACAGCAAUUAGCUUUAUCAGAAUAUUAAAAGAAAAUUACUGCAUAUUGAAAUAAUUAAAAUGUUUCUUUUGACUUUUUAAAACUCUGCAAUUUCAUCUACAGUAUUAUUAAGUAGAUUAUAAGAUUGUUUCAUGGUGAAUGGAAUAUAUUUUACCCAUCAAAAUUGGUGAACCUCUUCAGAUAAUAAAGAUUGUAAAAUGAUAUUUUUGUUAAAUGAUAUAGAACAAUAUAAAAACUUAGAAUAGCUUAAUUCAAAAUAAUAUUUACGAUGACACAUACAAAAGUAGACUGGCCUAAACUAUAAAAAGCCAUCUAUUAUCGAAAUUUUUUCUAUCUGUCUUUCGAACUGACUGUACAAUAAAUUAUCAUAAUUGUAAGGCUAGACAUUAUGAACCAGAUCAGAAAUGGAUCAGAGAAUGAGUAUUAAAAAGCUGCAACAUUAUCAUAGGUUCAAAUUAAGCAUGGUUGGGCAUUUCCAACCGCUUAAAUGCGGAAUGAACACUUACAAAAUUAAUUAGAACAAAAUUAUCAGCAACAUUCAGUCCACACUAUCAAAUUGUAUGCAACAAACUUGUGAUGUGCCCAUAUAUGAGCAUGCCGUCGUAUUAAAUGCAAACAUCACAUUUUUUGUCUCACAUAAAAUGUGAUGGUGUGGAGAAAGACUUACUUUGGUACCUACCCUGUGAACUUGUACAGAUUAAAUUUCAAUAAAUAGCUUCUAUAUAAUAAGUUCCUGGAGUUGUACAGUAUACCAUGCUUCAGCCUUGAGUUAUAGUUGUUAAAAUAUGAAACUAAAAAAUGUUAAUACACAUACAAUUUUUGGCUGGACAGAAUAGCUGCAAGGGUUAUUUACAAUAAACAGAAACUUUAUACAAAUUAUUUACAUAAAUACUAAAAGGUACGAUUAUUCCAAUUUCAGACACAAUUAAGCAGUAAACAUUAAGGAACUAUGAUAUGCUACAAGUUAAUUACUGUAUGAUACAUAAUACUUGAUAUAAACUGCAAAGAAGUAAAACAUCUUGCAUAUAAAAUGACGACAACUUUGCUUACAAAAAAACCUACAAAUAUAUUAGCUACUAGAUUCGAAAACAGCUGGACGUUAAAUAAAUUCACAAUUUGUAAAACAUCUAAAAUACAUAAUCUUAUAAAAUUCUCAAAAGGUACUAUAUAUUUAAGAUUUACACUAAGGUACUGUGUAAGGUUUACUAACAAGUAUUACUGUUAUCAUGAGCUAAAUACUGUAUAAAUUUCUAAACCAUGAUGUAUCAUCCAUAACAUCAAAAAAUCUCAGAUUGUUGACUACAAACAUAAAACAAUAAACCUGAUCUCAGGAAA